AAGCUUCCUCCUCUCUGUCUUAUUGUACUUGGAUCUCAUUUUUUCCUUCAUCAUGGCCUUCUCGGGAGCUCUCACUUUAACGGACCUCAAUGACUACAUCACUCCAUCUCAGGCUUGUAUCAAGCCAGUAGAGCAGAAAAACACACCCAUAACUGAAGCUCCACAACCGGGAGCAGCUGCGACAGAGAUCCGUGUAGAUUCUGAUGGUGGAUACUAUGAAGUAUCGAAGUCACAAGUGCCAGAUGUCGAGAUGGCAUCAACCUCAGGCAGUGGGAGUGGUAAGAAGCUCGAGACGGCUGAGAUUAGCCUGAACGAUUGUCUCGCAUGCAGUGGAUGUAUAACAUCAGCAGAAUCUGUCCUUAUUACUCUCCAAUCCCACACCGAAGUUCUCAAUUUCCUCUCAUCGAACGCCCCGUCAUCCAGCCCCUCCCACAAACUCCCCGUUGUGUCUAUCUCGCCCCAGUCCGUCGCAUCGCUAGCAGCAUCCAUUUCAUCUGCACAAGCAACAGAAGUCUCGCUCUACGAGACUCUCAUCCGGAUAGAGCACUUCUGUGUCUCCACAUUGGGUUUCGCGCACGUCUUCGACACCACUUUUGCGAGGCAUCUGUCUCUAAUGGAGCAUGUCCGUGAGUUUCACGAUCGGAAGCAGGCUGCAGAUGCAAGUGGGACUGGAGAAGGCGGACAGAUACCUAUGCUCGCGAGUGCAUGUCCGGGGUGGGUAUGUUAUGCUGAGAAGACCCAUGCGGAAAUGUUGCCGUUCAUCUCUAGGACGAAAUCACCACAACAGGUCAUGGGCACCAUAGUCAAAGAGUGGUUGGCUCCGCAAUGGGGCAAAAAGCCGGACGAGAUCUAUCAUGUCACCGUGAUGCCAUGCUAUGACAAGAAAUUGGAAGCAUCACGGCAAGACUUUUAUAACGAUAUCUACCAGACCCGUGAUGUCGACUGUGUUCUCACCACUGGAGAGCUACAGCUACUCAUGCAGGAGAAAGGAUUUGACCUCUCGAUGCCUGUACCCUCGAGCUCGUCAUCGCCAUCCCCCUCGGAACCUCUUUUGCCUCGCCUUCUACAACAUCCAGGAUCUUCGUCGGGCUCCUACCUCCACACUAUUCUUCUAGAUAUCGCAUCAACCUACCCAUCAUCAAAAUCAUCCUCGACACAUCCACAGAUCUCCUCGGCCUCUGCAUCCAUAUCACCAGUUCCCUCUGAAUCCGUCGGCCCCACACCAUCUUCACUUCUCCACCUUGAAGCCAAAACGAUUCGUACCUCCGACUACGAGGAGUAUAUUCUCACGGACACCCGCACUUCCGAAAUCAUCUUCAAAGCCGCCCGCUGUUAUGGUUUCCGGAACCUUCAAAACGUGGUACGCAAAGUGGCAAAGUCUGCGGGUGUACAAAGUGGGAAAGGAGCUGCUGGUAGACUGGGUGCGAGGAAGGCUGCAUCAGGGGCGGGAGUGAGGGCGAGAGUAAAGAAGAGGGCUGGAGCUGCGGGUGCGGGUGCGGGUCUUAGUCGUGAAGGCGAUGGGGUGGUGGCAGCAGACAGAGCAUACGAUUACGUGGAGGUCAUGGCUUGUCCGGGAGGUUGCGUGAAUGGUGGAGGGCAGCUGCGACCCUCAGAGGCGUUCUUGACACCAUCAUCGACCAACCCAUCAUCCGUCACAGGAAUGGCUGGAGAUCAAGAUAUGAAGGACGAAGAGGGCUUUGCUAGGGAUUGGAACGAGACUGGGGUCUCUGGGGGUAGCAGCGGCAACAUAGGUGUGGCGAGCUCGAAGUGGGGCGACAGGAAGUGGGUCAAGGUCGUUGAGAGGACGUACUGGGGCGGUGAACCACCGCGGGUAAGGAUCGGAGCAGGAGAUCUGCCUACGCCACCAGAGUCCCCAAAGUUGACGCCUCGUGAUGGUGCAGUGCUCGUCAAUGUCGAGCGGGCGAAAGUCAGGCGGGCGGACGAGUUGGCGGGGACCAUAUUGAAGGAUUUAUGUCGGCCGAACGAUCCUGAAAACGGUGCAAAUCAUCCUGCUCGAUGGGGCCAUAAGAUGGAUGAGGAAUCGGAGGCAAGGCGGAGGCAACUGUUCAGAACCGAGUAUAGAGCUGUCGAGAGUGAAGUAGUGGGGCUUGCAGUGAAGUGGUAGAAUGUCCCCUCGAUUAUUAUGAGGUGUUUCCCUCUGGUGUACUAAGUAUUUGGUUAUGUACGUUUGUAUCUUUAGGAUUAUCGCAGCCUUCGUAAUUUUU